UCUCAAAACAGAACAAGUCACACCCAAACUCAUUCCCACUGCGCGCCUCCGCCCUCUUUGAAUCUCAUAGAGGCGUGAGGGAGUAGCAGGACCGAGGACGAGGGCCAGCCCCCAUGGCUUCUUCAACCAGUUUUGUACUCUUUAUUUAUCUAUUUCUCAUCGCUGGGUGCACUGCAAGGCCUCUCUAUCCGCUUCCCGGUAGAGAUACUGAGAAAAAUAGACAGCCCCUGCAAACUUCUCGCCCAUAUAACAUUGCACACCGAGGUUCAAAUGGAGAGCUUCCGGAAGAAACUUCCCCUGCAUAUAUGAGAGCUAUUGAAGAAGGAGCCGACUUCAUUGAAACAGAUAUCCUGGCUUCCAAAGAUGGUGUUCUUAUAUGUUUCCAUGAUGUUACCCUUGAUAAUACUACUGACGUUGCAAAGCACAAAGAGUUUGCAGACCGCAAGCGGACAUAUGAAGUACAAGGGUUCAAUGUCACUGGCUUCUUUCCUGUUGAUUUCACGUUAAAGGAGUUGAAAUCGUUGAGGGUGAAUCAGAGGUAUAAGUUCCGGGAUCAACAAUAUAAUGGAAAAUUCCAAAUCAUUACUUUUGAAGAGUUCAUCUCCAUUGCGCUAGAUGCGCCCAGAGUUGUUGGAAUAUAUCCAGAGAUAAAGAAUCCAGUAUUUAUCAAUCAACGGGUGAAAUGGCCAGAUAAUAGAAGAUUUGAAGACAUAUUUGUGGAGACCCUUAAGAAAUAUGGAUACAAGGGUUCAUACUUGUCAAAAGAUUGGUUGAAACAACCUGCAUUCAUUCAGUCUUUUGCUCCAACUUCACUUGUAUACAUAUCAAAUCUGACGGACUUGCCCAAGAUUUUAUUAAUCGAUGAUAUCAAUAUCCCGACGCAGGACACUAACCAGUCAUAUUGGGAGAUCACAUCUGAUAAAUACUUCGACUAUAUAAAGCAAUAUGUUGUGGGAAUUGGACCUUGGAAAGAUACAGUGGUUCCUGCUAAAGGGAAUUAUUUGCAAACGCCUACUGAUCUAGUCGCCAGGGCACAUGCCCAUGACCUGCAGGUGCAUCCAUAUACUUACCGAAAUGAGAACCUGUUUUUGCAUUUCAACUUCCAUCAAGACCCAUAUGCGGAGUAUGAUUACUGGAUCAACACCAUAGGAAUCGAUGGUCUCUUCACAGACUUCGCAGGUAGCUUUCACAACUUUCAGGAAUGGACCUCUUCAGCUGGCAGUGAUGACAAAACUGCAUCAAAGUUGCUGCAUAAAAUUGCAUUGUUGGUCUCGCCAUAUACAAAGGUAUAAUUUGGGAGCAGAAGACCACGUGCAUCAAUCUCAGUGAGACAGCAGCAAAUUUAUUUGUUUAUAAGCAAUAAUGUUAAAGGAUUUUCUCAUGUUAUUAUUUAGGAUUUAGGAGCUCUUCUUCAUGGAUCAGAAGAGAUAUCUUAUGAAAGAAGCUAUGCUGUUAUUCUGUCUGCGCUAUUUAUGAAAUAUGAAAGCCGGAAAAUACCAAGAACGGAAGUUCGAAGCCCC